CCGAUCUUCACAUCUACAACAGAAGGACCAUGGUGUCUUACUCAGUGACUGUGUUUACGGGUGACAGGCUGUGGUCUGGCACAUUCAAUCGUGUUUACAUCCAGCUGGUGGGGACGAAGGGAAAGAGCGCUCGUCAGAACGUCAAUCCUGUCUGGGGAUUUGAAAUGAAAGAGUAUACAUUCACCGUUGAAUGCCCCACCUCCCUGGGUGACCUGGUGGCGCUGGAACUGGACAAGCAACCUCUGCUAGUUUCUGACGCCUGGUUCUGUGCCAAAGUCAUAGUGGUGACCCCAGAGAAGGACACGGCACAUUUCCCCUGCUACAGGUGGAUCUCAGAUGACAAGGUCCACUACUUCAGAGAGGGCAAAGCUAAAGGAGUGUUUGAUGACAUCGAUUCUAACCAGUCCUAUAGGAAGGAGGAGCUCAAGGAUAGAGCCCGGGACUACAAAUGGGAUUCGUAUAAAGAAGGUUUACCUUACGGCAUGGAAUCUGAGGGUCCCAUGUCUCUGCCCCUAGAGGUACGAUUCUCCUUCACCAAGGAAGCAGAGUUCCUCUUAACAGCUGUCACAAACCGCGUAAAAAUGAUGCUGAAGGGUCUGCUAAACGUGGAGGAACCCUGGAAGAGCGUCGACGACAUCCGCAAAGCUUUCAGCUUUCACAGAACAAGCAUGUCUGACUACGUACAUCAACACUGGAAGGAGGAAGAGUUUUUUGGCUACCAGUUCCUGAACGGAGCCAACCCCACGAUCAUCCGACGGUGCUCCCAGCUGCCAGAGAAUUUCCCCGUGACGAACGACAUGGUCAGGGACUCCCUGCAUGGAGCGUGCAGCCUAACUCAAGAAAUCAAGAAAGGGAACAUCUACCUGGUGGACUACAAACAGCUGGAUGAAGUGACCGCUAACGUGGUCAACGGGAAACAGCAGUACCUUACGGCUCCUCUCGUUUUGCUCCAGAAGACCCCGCGCAACAAACUGAUACCCAUCGCCAUCCAGUUGAAGCAGAAGCCAGGAGAGGACAACCCCAUCUUUGUCCCCACCGACUCAGAGUACGACUGGCUGAUGGCCAAGAUCUUCGUUAGGAGCGCCGACUUUAAUGAGCACCAGCUGAACGCCCACCUGCUGCGUACCCACCUCCUCUGUGAGGUGUUCGCUGUGGCCUUGCUGCGCAACCUUCCCAUGGUGCACCCCCUCUACAAGCUACUCGUUCCCCAUACACGCUACAGCCUUCAAAUCAACUCCAUGGCCAGAUCUCUGCUGAUAUCAGAAAAUGGAGUUUUCACUCAGUAUGCAGCGUCGGGUGGAGAGGGAAUGUUUACUAUCCUGCGGAGAGCGGUGUCCUCUCUGACCUACAGCUCCCUCUGUCUGCCGGAGGACAUCGCUGCACGAGAUCUGGAAUCCAUCCCCAACUUCUACUACAGAGACGACGGGCUCAGACUGUGGGAUAUAAUCCACAGGUUUGUCCAGGGAGUGAUUGGUCACUACUACAAGUCAGACGUUGACGUCCAGCAGGACUCUGAGCUGCAGAACUGGAUCAAGGAGAUCUUCAUCCAUGGAUUCAUGUCCAGGGCCAGCUCAGGAAUCCCUGAAUCUUUCGAGACUUUGGGGGAACUCGUCAAGUUUGUCACCAUGGUGAUCUUUACAGGCUCCGCCCAGCACUCUGCUGUCAACACUGGACAGUUCGACUAUGGCGGUUGGCCGCUCAACGCCCCGAUCUCCCUGCAACUGCCUCCUCCCACCACUAAGGGGCAGAGUUCUGAGAGCACCAUGCUGCACACCUUGCCAGACGUCAACACCACAGCGCAUGGCAUGGCCACUAUGUGGAUACUCAGCACAGAGUCCAGUGACUUUGUCCCUCUUGGUGAAUACCCAGACGAGCACUUCAGUGAGGAUGCCCCCUGCAGGCUGAUAAAGGAAUUCCAAGCAGAGCUGAAGACCUUCAGUGAGUCUGUCAAGACCAGGAACUCCGGUCUGGACGUUCCCUACACAUAUCUGGAUCCUGAGCAGAUGGAGAACAGUGUGAGCCUUUAGACAGCAGACAGGGGACUCAUCCUGCAUCAGCAUCUGGUACCUGCUCUUGGUUUAGAUGUGAUUAGGAUGGUAAUAGCAUGUUGGUUGUGUCAGAAUAUGCUCCUGUUGGUUCACAGUAACAUUGGAUGAAAGUUUUAAUUGAGACGAUGCAUCACAAAAUUGAAUAUGAUUCAUAAAUGAAUGAUAUUUUGAUCCAAAUACAAUUUUAA